AGGCUUUAUUUUGUAAACAGGGUACGGCUACCGCGUUUGGCGGCGGUGUACUGUGUAGCUCACCACCAGUCUGAGUCUGCCAGUUGCCAGUGCCAGUGCCACUGUAACCGUCGGCAGGAUGGGGUGUGCGCGCGCCGAACGUUCGCCGCGAUGACUGCGCGCGGACGCUGCCGCUGCCACUGGCUCACAUGGACCCUCUGUGUACUGAUUGCGGCCUGUAAAGGUGCAGCCCCACCAGACAGCCUGAGACUUGUGUGGCUGUCCAACACAACACUCACGUGCAACGAUGGGUCGCCAGCGGGGUAUUACAUACGCCGCGGUAGCAACAACCACCAUUGGGUGGUCUAUUUGGAAGGCGGUGGCUACUGCUGGGAUGAGGCUUCGUGUGCAGCGCGCUGGCGGCGGCGACCCAGCCUCAUGUCUUCGACGAGAUGGCCGCGAGCUCGCAGGGCGCCGGCUUUGCUCUCCGCUGACCCACAGGCGAAUCCGAUCUGGCACGCCUCGAAUCAUGUCUUACUGCCAUACUGUUCAAGCGAUAUGUGGGCCGGUACACGCAUAUAUCGACACUCCCCUUCCAAUAGCAGCUUUAGUUUUGCAGGCCGUUUUAUUGUCCGGUCGGUCCUCGAUGAACUUUUGAAAAUUGGACUUGCCGGACGUCUAUUGCUGGUUGGGUCGAGUGCCGGUGGAACCGGUGUUAUGCUUCACGUGGAUGCUGCAAGGCGAAGUCUUCGUCCGUAUGGUGUACGCGUGGCCGCUAUUGCAGACUCCGGUUGGUUUUUGGAUCGACCACCAAGAGCGAGACGUGCAUCUUCUGCCGACGCCAUAGCCAGACUGGGCCAUUCUUUGUGGUCAGGGUCUCCACCAAAUUCCUGUGUCCGAGAGUACCGCGACAAACCUUGGCUAUGUUACUUCGGGUAUCGCUUAUACCCGCACAUUCGGACACCGUUGUUUGUUUUUCAAUACCUUUUUGAUUCGGCGCAAUUGACAGCGGAAGGAGUUCGGGCGCCACGGACUAGAGCGCAAUGGGAUGCAGUUCACGAGACGGGGUCAGCGAUUCGAGCGAGUUUGAAACGUGUGAAAUUCGCUUUUGCGCCGGCGUGUAUCGCUCACGGUGCGCUCGCUCGGCCUGAGUGGUUGGCGAUUAACGUGUCAGGUGUGUCGUUACCUAGAGCUAUCUCGUGUUGGGAGCGGCGGUUCAGUAAUGGGAGUAGACGAGUGCGAGCGCGGUGUGCUCCGCGAAGACUGAUAGAGCGCUGUUCAUGGCCUCAGUGUAAUGGAUCGUGUCCUCGGCUGCGGGAUCCUCGGACCGGGGAGGAAGUGGCGCUCGCUGCGUUGCUGCAGAGCUUCGGGUUGGACGUGCGCGGCGCCGCAGCAGCUAUGGGACUCGAUGCGCGGGCGCUGUCUCGUAUGAGUCGCGCUGAGCUGCUGCCUCUAUUGGCACCGCACACGUGAUAUAAUGACUGUUUUGUGUUUUGUGCUUUAUGCACAGCUAAUCUACCUCGUUUGUUACAAGUACAAUUAUUUUUAAUGUUUAGUUAUUAUUUAUUGUAAUAGAUAACAAGUAAUAUAAGAAAAUAUUUUAAGACA